AUUAUGGAAAACUUAAUCCAAAGUAUUCUAGCUCAUAUACAUAUACGAAGAGGAGACACGUGUCCAAUUUUAGAAUAUGGUAUGCUGAGGUGACUUAAGGAGAAGUGACAAAAUUUAACUUUAUUGUAAUAGAUUUCAUGCACGGACAUAAAUAUUUAUAAAAUAAAUAUAAUAUAAUAUAAUAAUUAAUUGAUAUUUAUUUUAAGUCUUAAAUUAAUUUAUAAUUAGUAUGUAUAAUUCACCACCAUGCGGAGUAUCCAAUACGGAAACUAUCUAAUGCUUUUCGAUCCAAAGUAGGUCAAAGUUGACUCAUAACUUCAUAAGACUAUUUAUGACGGAGGUGUUGAAUACAAAUCCAACGGUUGAAUUAGCGCAGUGGAAGUAUUGAAUCUAGAUGUUAAAUGAGGUGAAUUAAUUAGUGUUGAAAGUAUUCAACAAGUACAAAUGAUUAUGAUGGAGGCACUUAACACAUGCUGUAUUCUCAUUUAUUGUUUAAUUUUUUUUGUGCAUAUUUUGUGUUUAUUCUUAUUGUUUAAAAUCGUUUAGUUUAUAAAAAAACUGUUAAACCAAAAUUUAUAUUUCUUUAUUUUACAAAAUAAAUCUAAGUUUUGAAAAAUAACCGCAACAUCUUUUCAAAGUUUUCACUCGUUAAAUUCUUUUUGUUGUAACAUAACACGUAUUUUGAUAUAAAAUAUCAAACUAUUUAAAAAAAUAUUCACAACAAAAUGCAUCGCAGAUUUACAACAACAAAAAAAAAGAUAACGUGUUCCAAAAAUAUAUUUUUAACAAAGAAAAAAUUAAAAGGUGAAAAAGAACUAGAAGGCAUAUGGUGAAAAUAAGAUAGCACGUCUUCUAUUUUGGCACUAAAAUGACAUUGUUUGUUUUUGCAAUAAAAUCAAACCGUUGUCAUGGUAAUAAAGACACCCUAAGCCUCAACAAAGAGACACCAAGCCUCAGACUCAAAGAACAACCAAAUAAAAUAAAAAUCCAAUUUCUUACAGUAUUCUCAUAAAUCAAUAAACAAGGAAUACUUUUAUAGGAUAUCUAAGAAAUUAAAGAGUAUAAGUAAAUAGCCAAACUGCAAAAGGGUAACCUUUUUUAACAAAAAAAAAAACAUCAGACAAACUUUGAAAACAAAUUCAAGUGGGAUAAAAUCAACCUAUUAAAACAAAAUUCACCGUAAUAUCAUUGUAUAUUUACGAAAAUGCUAACACAAUUUUGGCUGUACGAAUAUCUUUCAAAUGAUCAAAAAAAAGACAAAAUAUGUUAAUAAGCCCUUGAAAUGUAUUGGUAACAAAGAGACACUAUAAGCCUCAACAAACACCAUUAGAUAAAAAAAAAAAUCCAAAGAGACACCAAGCCUCAGAGUCAAACCCAUUUUUACAGUGCAUCAAUAAAAAAGGAAUACUUUUAAAACUCUUGUUUUGCCCGCUGAAAAAUCAUGGGCUGUUGCAACUCAUCGCCUUCCAUGGAAGAUCCUCCUCCACAGAAUGUUCAUCAAAACCAUGGAGGAAGUGAUUCACAAAUAACAAAGUUUUCCUUCUCCGAUCUAAACAAGGCCACCGAAAAUUUUUAUUUGAAAAAUAUCGUUUCAGAGAACGGAGGGGAAACCUCUGAUACCGUCUACAAGGGGCGUUUGCAUAACGGUGGCUUCAUUGCUGUUAAGAAAUUUAUGAAUAUGGCUUGGUCUGAUUCUAACCAAUUUGUGGAGGAGGCACAUAGAGUUGGGAAGUUAAGGCACAACAGUGUAGUAAAUUUGAUUGGAUAUUGCUGUGAUGGAAAUGAAAGGCUUCUUGUGGCAGCCUUCAUGCCAAAUGAUACUCUUGCUAAGCGUUUGUUCCAUCGGAAAAAUCAAACCAUGGAGUGGGAAAUGCGGCUGAGAGUAGCGUUUUGCGUAGCUCAAGCAUUGGAUUUCUGUAGUGGUGGAGGCUUUACAUCUUACAAUAAUUUAAAUGCUUACUCGGUUCUGUUUAAUGAGGAUGGUGAUGCUUGUCUAUCCUGUUUUGGGUUGAUGAAGGAGUUCAAAGAUGAUCAAAGAGCAACCGGAUGUGUGAACUCUGAAAGUUUGAUAUUUGGAUUUGGUACUCUCCUUAUGAAUUUGCUAAGUGGAAAGCAGAUUCCUCCAAGCCAUGCUCCUGAAAUGAUACAUGGCAAGAGUGUUGUUGAGCUGAUUGAUCCAAACUUGAAAGGAAAGUUCUCUGCCGAAGAAGCCACCAUAAUUUUCAAACUCGCUUCUCAAUGUUUGCAGUACGAGGAUAUAGAGAGCCUAAAUACAAAAGACCUUGUUACAACUCUUGAAACAUUGCACACUAAAACAAACGCCUUAUCUUAUGGAAUGCUUGAAAUGGCAAAGCGUCAAGAUGUAUCUUUGAAUCAACUUUCGACACUAGGAGAUGCCUGUUUGAAAAUGGACCUCAAAGCUAUUCAUAAAAUCUUGGUGAUGGCAGAAGAUGACAAGGAACUCGUCGAGUUCUCUUUCGAAGAAUGGUUAGAAGAGGUAAAAGAUAUUCAAGAAGUUCGAAAGCACGGUGAUCAAGCCUUCCUAGAGCAAGACUUCGAAACUGCCAUUGACUGUUAUUCCCAGUUAAUUGAAUCUAGAAGAAUGGUGUACCCAAGUGUUUAUGCUAGGCGUUGUCUAUGCUAUUUAUUCUGCAAUCAACCAGAUCGAGCACUUAAAGAUGGGAUGGUUGCUCAACAACUAUUCCCUGAUUGGCCAACUGCCUUCUAUUUGCAGUCUGUGGCACUAUCCCAAUUAAACAUGAUCACUGACUCUGCUGAUACUUUGAAAGAAGCAACUCUUCUUGAAGCAAAGAGACAGCACCAGGAGAAAGAAUCUUGAUUUUUCAGAUUUUUAUACUUUCGUUUUUUAUUAAUUGAGGCAUUUUUUUAACACAAAUCAUGCUUUUUAUUAAUUUUAUUAAGGAAAACUGAUUGUUGACUACAAUAUUGGCCAUCACAUGGCUAACCAUGCAAACUAAACUAUUGUA